AUGAGCUACAAUUGGAUUCAGCAGUCGGCAAUACCUGGAAGUGUUAAGCCUGUUUACGGUGCUCAGUACCCUCCAUUAACGGAAUACGAGGAUUUUUCGAAUGAUGUUAGCAAAACUGACAGUGCCGAUAAUCAGCAUUCAAAUUCUGGAGCAAAGUUCCAAAAUUAUAUGGAUAGGCGAAAUCGUGUACCACUUUUUGUAGUACACGAUUGGAUUCGCGAUUUUAUUGUAUUAUCCUCUGUGGGACACGUUGAUGUAUCAGACGCUUGGGAUGUGUCUGUAACACUAGAUGAGCGAGCUGCUUGCACAAGUGCUGCAAAAGUCCUCGAGCGACACGCUAACCUUGUAGCGCGUGACUUAAUAAUGCCACCGGUUAAUCCAAUUCCUUCAAGAAACAGCAAAAUGCAGGCUAUGCAACGUUUGGCCAUCCAGAAAGAACCAAUACCUGGAACGGCAGUGCCAACAGGGAGCAGUGGAGUCCAUCUAUCUAUAAAUUUAUAUCCGCGGCUACCAGAGAUAUCGGUUGAAUACGGAAGAGCACCAUCAAGUUCAAUAAUAGGUGGCUCGAUGAUGGCACAUGAUUCACCGACAGCUCGAGGGCACGCUUUAGCUCUUCAGCGUGACCAUGCUCGCUUCGAUCGAUUACGCGCCCAGCUUGGUGUUCACACAAGUCCAUCGUUAAGUCCAAAGAUCGGUACACAGUCUUUGAAAACCAUAGAUAUUGAUUUAGAGCAGUUGCGCAAGGACUGUUGGAUGGGUAUACCUCAUAAAUUACGACCAACGAUUUGGAGAAUAUUGCUGGGUUAUCUUCCAACAAAUUUUGAGCGUCGUGAAGUAACACUUGCGAGGAAAAGGGAAGAGUAUUGGCGUUAUGUGGAGCAAUAUUUUCAUACUCGAUAUGAUGAGCAGCAUCAGGAUACCUUCAGACAGAUACACAUUGAUAUUCCGCGUAUGUGUCCCCUGAUACCGCUUUUCCAGCAAAAAGUAGUGCAGGAGAUCUUUGAACAUAUUUUAUAUAUCUGGGCUAUUCGCCAUCCAGCAAGUGGUUAUGUACAGGGUAUCAACGAUCUUGUCACACCUUUCUUUGUUGUGUUCCUCUCAGAAUUCAUAUCUGAUGAUACGGAAGUAGGAACAUACGAUGUAAGUCAAUUACCACGAGAACAAAUUGAAAUCGUUGAAGCAGAUAGUUUUUGGUGCGUCACGGCAUUGUUGGAUACAAUCCAGGAUAACUAUACAUUUGCACAACCAGGCAUUCAGCGUAAAGUAUCGCAGUUACGACAUCUGAUGAGUCGUGUUGACAAGCAGCUUCAUCGUCAUCUGGAAGCGCAUGGUGUUGAGUACUUACAAUUUGCAUUCCGCUGGAUGAAUAAUGUUCUUAUGAGAGAAAUCCCUUUGCGAGCCACAAUUCGCCUUUGGGAUACUUUCCUGAGUGAAAAGAACGGUUUCUCGCAGUUUCAUGGCUAUGUAUGUGCAGCUUUUCUUCGAAUGUGGUCUAAGCAGUUACAAGCAGAAAAGGAUUUUCAGGGAAUAAUGUUACUACUGCAAAAUCUUCCAACACACAGCUGGGGAGAUCAACAGAUAUGUGAGUUGACAGCAGAUGCCUUUUCUUUAAUGGCACUUUUCGAUGGCGCCAAGAAUCAUUUGACACAAGAUAUGAAUACGUAA